AUGGAUCAAUUUUGGGUAAAUGUUCCUCCAGUUACUAAAUCAUGGAGUGGUAUGAAAUCGAUUACAGCAGCACUUAUUUCCCUUCAACGAAUUAAAUUAGUAUCAUUAGUUUUCAUACCUGAAAAAGCAUUUGGUAAAGAAUUUUGGAGAUUUUUCACAUCAUUUUGUGUAUCUAAAGGUAUAUCAUUUGAAUUAAUGUUUGAAUUAUUUUUAUUACGUACUUCAAGUGGUGAAGUUGAACGGAAUUUUAUAACUAAUGAAACAAUAUUACCUGAAUAUAUAAUUGAUGAAUUUGAUCAAAAUCAACAUGAUUUAUUAAACCAAUUUAUGGAAAGAAAUAAAGCUAUUGAUUAUUUAUAUUUUUUAAUUCAAAUAUCUUUAUCAAUUAUAUUACUGGUUGCUUUAUUAUAUUAUAAAUUGGGAAUAAUAAUUUUUAAUUUAGGUGAUUUAUUAUGUCGAAUAUUGACAUAUUUUGAUUCACAAAAUAGACCAAAUGUUGAAAUUCAUAUGUUUGGAUUAUUUACUUUAAGAAGAGUUUAUUUCCCUUGGAUGAUUGCUCUUUUAAAUAUUAUUCAAUCAAGAAAUAUUCAAGAUGAUUUUAUUAAAUUGAUUAUAUAUGGAGAUUUGAGUUUUUUCAAUAAUUCCACAGUUUGGUUUUUUAUCAUUUCUACAAUUUUGGGUCAUUUUUGGUGGUAUUGUCGAGAAUUGUUAUUAAGCAAAGUUCAUUAUGAUCCAAUUGAUUCAAGAAGACAUGCUAAAAGAAUUGCCUUGCAAAGAUUUGGUGUUUAUAAGAUAGAUUUAGUUAGAAUGUUUCUUAUGUACUUAUUUGUACCUCCAUGGUAUUGGAUUAUACUUUCAAGAAUUAAAAAUAGAAGAUAA